AUGAAGCGUUUUUUCAUUAUCAGCAAUCCUGCCACUGGGCAACUCAACCCUCUUCUGGCGCUCACUGAAGAACUGGUGAACCGUGGUCACCAGGUGGUCCUACUCUCGUCGGAAGAUGUUUUGAGGAAAGUGCAGAAGCUUCAGACCCUUUUCACCGAACUGGUGCCUCCGGCAGCGGACUCGUACCGUGACCUUGUUUUCCAUAUUCGCGACCUGAUUGAGAAGUACGACCCCGACCUUCCUAUUGUGGACAACUUUAGUCCUUUUGCCGUGGACGGCGUCCGUCUCAGCAAGCGUCCUUUCAUUGAGACUUCCCCUGGUGCUGCUUCGGCUGUUGCGAAGGAUGUGGGUCUCUGGCACUCGCCGAUGCCCAUGAGCGGUGGCCGUGCCAACACGGGUGGCCUUUUGACCUUUUUCCACAACAUCGCUUUUAUUUUUAUGUGGCUCAAGUUUGUUUUGUUCAACCCUUGGGCGAAGGCGCGUCGCAACUUCCGUGAGAAGGUUCUAGGUCUCGAGCCGAUUGACAUUGUUUGUGAUUCGAUCAUGACGCCGACUCCUGGUAUGCUUAAGGAGCAAAUCGCAACUAUUUCCUUCAACGUCGCCAACAUGGACUUUUACCAUCCCACUUCCUACGACAAGUCUGUCUAUUUCGUGGGACCUUGCUUCCCGCCCAAGGCUCCUGCGCAGCAGGCCAGCCCGAAGGCGUUGCAGCUUGGCCCCUCGAUGGCUGCGCCUAUGACGCCUCUGGAGAGCUCGCCCCCCAUGUCCAUUGCUUCGACCCCUACUGUUGUCGACAUGUCUCUGGACAAGGAGAUGUCUGCCGCACAGGCUAUAACCCGCACGGACCCUGUCAAGGCCUGGCUCGACCAAGCGCUUGUGAACGGCAAGCGUGUUGUAUACAUCAACAUGGGCAGCAUCUUCUACUACUCUCGCAAGGACUAUGACAACAUUGUUCAGGCCCUUUUGCGCUUGCGCGACCUUUUCCCGGAUGUUCAGGUUCUCUGGAAGGUCCCCAAGCUUCCUUACUCCUCGCAGCCGAUUCCCACCGCGGAUGAGGCGAAGCUCCCCCUUUAUAUCCGCCGCGAAGAGUGGAUCCCCAACGUUGAGACUGUAUUGGAGCACCCUGCCGUGGCUGUUUGCGUUCACCACGGUGGUGGUAACUCGUACAAUGAGGCUAUUUACCAUGGCGUUCCCCAGUUCUGCAUUUCGCAGUGGGUGGACACGCACGAUAUCGGUGCCUACAUUGUGCACUCGGGCAUUGGCCUUUGGGCGGACAAGUCGCCCUACUUUGACCCUGAGGACAUUAGCACGAAGCUCGCCAAAAUUCUCGAGGACAAGGAGAGCACUUUCAAGCACACCGCACUUGCUUGGAAGAUCCGUGCCCUUCAGGCUGGUGGCACGACUGCCGCUGCCAACAUUGUCGAGAUGCACUUGUCCAACUUUGACUUCCCUAAGGGCUCUAGCAAGAUGCCCUACAUUGCGUCCGCUUAA